AUGCAAAUCCUGUCGCCUCCGAGAGACAGAGUGAUACAAGAGCUGGGAGGCGGCUCCGGUGCGGACCUCGGAGAGCCCGGCCGCCAGUCCGCGAGCCAGUCUCGGUCCCCGCGGCCCGCCGAGGCUCAGAGCCAUCCUGCGACCCGGCGAGCGGCCUCAGGCCCUGCCAUGGGGAAGACCAACAGCAAGCUGGCCCCGGAGGUGCUGGAGGACCUGGUUCAGAACACCGAGUUCAGCGAACAGGAGCUGAAGCAGUGGUACAAGGGCUUCCUGAAGGACUGCCCCAGCGGCAUCCUCAACCUGGAGGAAUUCCAGCAGCUGUACAUCAAGUUCUUUCCCUACGGCGACGCCUCCAAGUUUGCGCAGCACGCUUUCCGCACCUUCGACAAGAACGGCGACGGCACCAUCGACUUCCGGGAGUUCAUCUGUGCCCUUUCGGUCACCUCUCGCGGCAGCUUCGAGCAGAAACUCAACUGGGCCUUUGAGAUGUACGACCUAGACGGCGACGGGCGCAUCACGCGCCUGGAGAUGCUGGAGAUCAUCGAGGCUAUCUACAAGAUGGUGGGUACUGUGAUCAUGAUGCGCAUGAACCAGGAUGGGCUCACACCCCAGCAGCGUGUGGACAAGAUCUUCAAGAAGAUGGACCAGGAUAAGGACGACCAGAUCACACUGGAGGAGUUCAAGGAGGCGGCCAAGAGUGACCCGUCCAUUGUGCUGCUGCUGCAGUGUGACAUGCAGAAGUAGAGGCUGGUGAGGGGCAGGGCCCCUGGCCAGGAGGGGCGUGGCCACCUCCCAACCUGAUGACCUCUCAGGUGGAGGGGUACUCUAGCCUCACUCUCUGGCCCACCCACUCCUCUGCCCAAGCCCUUGCUCCCCUCAGUUGAGAUCCUGGAGGGACCACCUCACCCUGGAAAAGAGACAGAUCCUCAGGUAUUCUGU